ACGAGCGGGGACCGCAGCGGCGGAGGUGAGGGCGCCAGCAGGAAGUGGGAGAAGAGGCGACCCAAGGCGGGCUGGCGGGCUGGCGGCAGUCGCUACUUGCCUAGUAGCCUCAGCCGCUGUGGGCUCCUGGGGAGAUGGAGGGGCCGGGGCUGGGCUCGCAGUGCAGGAAUCACAGCCAUGGCCCCCACCCUCCAGGAUUUGGUCGAUAUGGCAUCUGUGCACAUGAAAACAAAGAACUUGCCAAUGCAAGAGAAGCUCUUCCUCUUAUAGAGGACUCUAGUAACUGUGACAUUGUCAAAGCUACUCAAUACGGAAUUUUUGAACGAUGUAAAGAGUUGGUAGAAGCAGGAUAUGAUGUCAGGCAACCAGAUAAAGAAAAUGUGUCGCUUCUUCAUUGGGCUGCUAUUAACAACAGACUGGAUCUUGUAAAGUUUUAUAUUUCAAAAGGUGCUGUUGUAGAUCAGUUGGGUGGAGAUUUAAAUUCAACUCCUCUUCACUGGGCCAUCCGACAAGGACAUUUACCUAUGGUCAUAUUAUUACUCCAGCGUGGUGCAGACCCCACUCUUAUUGAUGGAGAGGGAUUCAGCAGCAUCCACCUGGCAGUAUUGUUUCAACACAUGCCUAUUAUAGCAUAUCUCAUCUCAAAGGGACAGAGUGUGAAUAUGACAGAUGUAAAUGGGCAGACACCUCUCAUGUUAUCAGCUCACAAAGUAAUUGGGCCAGAACCAACUGGAUUUCUUUUAAAGUUUAAUCCUUCUCUCAAUGUGGUUGAUAAAAUACACCAAAACACUCCACUUCACUGGGCAGUUGCAGCAGGAAAUGUUAAUGCAGUUGAUAAGCUUUUGGAAGCUGGUUCUAGCCUGGAUAUCCAGAAUGUUAAGGGAGAAACACCUCUUGAUAUGGCUCUACAAAACAAAAAUCAGCUCAUUAUUCAUAUGCUAAAAACAGAAGCCAAAAUGAGAGCCAACCAAAAGUUCAAACUUUGGAGGUGGCUGCAGAAAUGCGAGCUCUUCCUGCUGCUGAUGCUUUCUGUGAUUACCAUGUGGGCUGUUGGAUACAUAUUGGACUUCAAUUCAGAUUCUUGGCUUUUAAAAGGAUGUCUUCUAGUAACACUGUUUUUUCUGACAUCUUUGUUUCCAAGGUUCUUGGUUGGGUAUAAGAACCUUGUAUACUUACCAACAGCCUUUCUGCUAAGUUCUGUUUUUUGGAUAUUUAUGACUUGGUUCAUCUUAUUUUUUCCUGAUUUAGCAGGAGCCCCUUUCUAUUUCAGUUUCAUUUUCAGCAUAGUAGCCUUUCUAUACUUUUUCUAUAAGACUUGGGCAACUGAUCCAGGCUUCACUAAGGCUUCUGAAGAAGAAAAGAAAGUGAAUAUCAUCACCCUUGCAGAAACUGGCUCUCUGGACUUCAGAACAUUUUGUACAUCAUGUCUUAUAAGGAAGCCAUUAAGGUCACUCCACUGCCAUGUAUGCAACUCCUGUGUGGCUCGAUAUGAUCAACACUGCCUGUGGACUGGACGGUGCAUAGGUUUUGGCAACCAUCACUAUUACAUAUUCUUCUUGUUUUUCCUUUCCAUGGUAUGUGGCUGGAUUAUAUAUGGAUCUUUCAUCUAUUGGUCCAGUCAUUGUGCCACAACAUUCAAAGAAGAUGGAUUAUGGACUUACCUCAAUCAGAUUGUGGCCUGUUCCCCUUGGGUUUUAUAUGUCUUGAUGCUAGCAACUUUCCAUUUCUCAUGGUCAACAUUUUUAUUAUUAAAUCAACUCUUUCAGAUUGCCUUUCUGGGCCUGACCUCCCAUGAGAGAAUCAGCCUGCAGAAGCAGAGCAAGCAUAUGAAACAGACGUUGUCCCUCAGGAAGACACCAUACAAGUCUGACUCCUUUGGUGAGUACCCAGGCUUUGGGCCUGAAACUGGAACUUGCAGAGCACACAUGCAUGAGUGUCUCGGACAUCUGAUGACUUUCCUGAGAGCCAGGAAGUUCGAGAAAUGGCUUGAGAAAGACAUGUUGAAGAGGAAAAAUACGUUAAGCUUAUUGGUUUUCAUAGUAGGAGAUGUCACUUGCUGUGUGAUCUUGGACAAGUCACUGAACUCCUCUGAGCUGCACUCGUCUCCCCUGUAACAUGCGGAGUGUAGACUUGAUUACUUAAAUCUCCCGACAUCGUACAAGUCUAUGCUGAUGCCGAGCUUUCCUUGAAAACUGGAAAAAGUACAGGCUUUGAAGUGUGAUGGACUGGGGUUAAUCCCCUGCUUCGCAGCUUGCUUUCUUUUUGUCUCUCUGUACCCAUAAGGAUUAUCUCAGAAUGAUCUGGAUAUUUUUGAAAAGUAACAGCAGCUUGGCUGAAAGACAAUUUUGUCCGUAAUAAGACAUCAUCUGUGAGCAGAGUUCUGCAGUGGCAGAAAACGGAUCAGGCAGAGAUUCAGGUUAUAAUUUCCAAACUCCAGUGGCCCACUUGGUAGAACCAGUUUGCAUUUGUAUGUUGAAUUUUUGUUGACUAAAUAACAGUGAUCCAAGAGCUGAGAUGGUUUAUUGGUCCUCUUGGGGAGGGCUGUAUUGCUGUCAAGGUGUGGAUAAAGCAUUUCAGGCAGGCCUGCCGCUGGCCCCUGGCCCAGUGGUGUACAGCUGUGUCAAUAGGCCUUUGAAGUCCACGCACACCAGCUGACUGGUCAGCAGCCCCUGGGAUGGUCUCUACAACCUUCGUCACAGGAAAUUGGGAAAGGCAUGUGGAAGCUAGCAUUGCUGGAAGGGGAGGAGAAGAAAACUGUUGGGAUCUUUGAUGAAAACAUGGGAGAAAUUUACCGAAAUUCACAGGCUGAGCCCAUCAGCAGGAUCUGGGAUUGUUGAUCACUGCUCUCCUUCUUUCUGGCUCCAGAUCAAUGUGAUGAGCUGGUUUAUCUUUAUUCUGACUCGAAUAUGUGCCAGCUAGCGCUUCUGUGAGGCCUCAGUAUAGUGAUAGUAUGCUGGAGGCGCUGGUGGUGCUGCAAGAUUCACAAAGAGCUUCUGAAUCAUUAAAACAUGAACAACCCCUGUUCAGAAGAAUUUUAAUGCAAAAUAUUUUUCAUUUUUAUUUGUUCGUCUUUUCUGAUAUUCUGCAUUCUGGGGCACUGGCCUCUUCCCCGCCCCAGGAUUUUCCCCAUGUGCAGGUGCUUCAUCAUCACAUGAUCUCAUUUAAUCUUCACAACAUCCCUGAGGUAUGUUGUCUUCAAUCCCCCUUUGGCAAAAGAGGAAAUGGAAGCUCUGAUUAAAACUUGGUGACGAUAACACAGCUUAGCAGGAAACCCUGAGCUGUCUGACUCUCAAGCCUGUGUUGGGAAAUCCUGCCCUGUGCUGCCUCUUGCUGCAGAGAUCCUAUCUGGAUAAAGUGCUGGGUAACCAGGAAUCAGAACCUCUGGAGGACGAGUAUGACUUCUUUUCUGUCCCUGCUGCUCGAGUUCAAACCCUCACCAUCCUCUCCUCCUCUUCCCUGUUCUUGCUCUGUACCUCCACUCCGUCACUGAAUCUUGACACUUUGGCCCAGUGUCCCCCCUUGCACCCCUGCCUUUUCAUUCUUACCCUUGUUGCCACACACCUGGGGCACUGCCGUAGCUGGCAGCUCCCUUUGUCACCAGUCUUUCCCUUUUUCAUCUUUUCCACUAACCCUGCCAGACUCAUCUUCCUUUAACACUGCUUUGUCCUAUUUCAUUUAAAAUAUCCCAGGGACUCAUGAGAUAAAGUCAAGACUCAGUACUUGACCUGACACAGCCCCCAGUCCCCCCAGGUAGACCUCAAAGCUUCUACAUUUGUCCUUUUUCAUGCUGCUGAUAAAGACAGACUUGAGAUUGGGCAAUUUACGAAAGAAAGAGGUUUGUUGGACUUACGGUUCCAUAUGGCUGGGGAGACCUCACAAUCACGGUGGAAGGCAAGGAGGAGCAAGUCAUGUCUUACAUGGAUGGCAGCAGGCAAAACAGUUUGUGCAGAGAAACUCCCAUUUUUAAAACCAUCAGAUCUUGUGAGACCCAUUCACUAUCAUGAGAACAGCAUGGGAAAGACCCAUCCCCAUGAUUCAAUCACCUCCCACCAGUUCCUCCCAUGACAUAUGGGAAUUGUAGGAAUUGUGGGAGUUACAAUUCAAGAUGAGAUUUGGGUGGGGACACAGCCAAAACAUAUCAACUCCUUUCCAGCCUUGCCCAUCACUUCCUGCAAUAACUUGAUGUUGCCUGGGAUUUUCUCACUUCAGCAUCUUUGCUCAUGAGGUAUCUUCUGCCUAGAAUGUGACCUUCCCACCCAACCUCCCCUCUGCUAAAAAUCUCAUCAUGGUCUGCCUGAAGUGGCCUGUCUUUAAUGAAGCAUUCUCCAGUCACCUUGCAGGAAUGAUCCCCCCACCUUGAACACUUUGAAACACUUAAACAGUACUUCUCAUAUGUUGCUUCACUGUAAUUAUUUGUGUGCCAACAUUUCCUCCCUAUAUACCAAUGUGAUGAUGGAACCCAUGUGUGUGUAUCCCCCACUGUGGUCAUUAGCAUAGUGCCUUAUAUGUAGUGGUCCCUUUGUUGUAUGUAAACUAAUGAACAGUGAAAAGCAAAUAAUAAGAAAUAAAUCAUUUAUUGUUUCCCA